UGAGAGCAGAGUAGCAGCUUCUCCCAUCUCUGCAAUGUAGAAAAUCCCCUGUACUGGCCAAUCCUGGUGGGAGGGGAGCUUCAGGAGCACACUGUGGAAUCUCCCUGCAAAGGCAGCCCAUUCCCAGAGCUAGCAGUCAUUCCCUAGUGAAGCAGAAAUUCUGCAUGCAGCUUUAGUUUUCUUUUUUUUGUUCUCCAGGGUUAGAUUUCUGCAUUGGCAACUGGUGACAGCCUGGGAGGCUCUCCUUAUUUGUUUCUGGAUGAAAAGUUAUGAAAAUAAGAAUGGUUCCCAAAUGUGCUUCCAAGUUUAAAUCUGGUUAAUAGUUUUGACAUCAGGGCUGGGAGAGGGUGACCGCAGUGACUCAGGAUUGAAUCUGACUGGCUGGUUUUUGUGUCCUGGGCACAGACUGGGGGGCAAAGUCCUUUCCUCAUUGGUUUUAGGAGAGAAGCCUUUUCCCAUUCCAGCUGAGUUAAAAGGGAAAACACAGAAGUUGGUUUUAUUUCUGGAGACAACUGCACACACUUACCAUGGCAUCUGAAAAGCCAAUACUCUACAGCUAUUUCCGAAGUUCCUGUUCUUGGAGAGUGCGAAUUGCACUGGCUCUGAAAGGAAUUUCCUAUGACUUGGUCCCAGUGAACCUCAUUAAGGAUGGAGGACAGCAGUUUUCUGCUGAAUUCAAGGCACUGAAUCCAAUGCAGCAAGUCCCAGCCUUGAAAAUUGAUGGCAUCACCCUUUCUCAGUCGCUAGCUAUAAUUAAUUACCUAGAAGAGACACAUCCUCACCCCAGGCUCCUGCCCCAGGAUCCAAAGAAGAGAGCCCAAGUCAGAAUGAUCGCUGAUCACAUUGUCUCUGGCAUUCAGCCACUCCAGAACCUGAGUGUCCUGAAACAAAUGGGGGAGAAAAAAAUGGAAUGGGCUCAGAACUGUAUCACAUCUGGCUUUCAAGCACUGGAGCAGAUUCUGCAGCACACUGCUGGACGCUACUGUGUGGGGGAUGAAGUUUCCAUGGCUGAUCUGUGUUUAGUGCCUCAAGUUGCCAAUGCUGAAAGAUUCAAAGUGGACAUGGGUCCAUAUCCCACAAUAACCAGAAUAAAUAAAGCUCUCUUGGAGUUAGAGGCCUUCAAAACAAGCCACCCUUCCCGGCAGCCAGAUACUCCUGCCGAGCUGCGAGCGUGAAGCCCUUGUACUCACUAAAUCUAGAAAGCUGCCAUGAUAAAGAAGACAACACCUACAGGAUGAGUAGGACUUCAGUACCAGUAGGAAACCCCAGUACUAUUGCUUCCCUUUCAUCUGGAUGGGAAGGACAGAGGACCUGGAAAUAGUGUGGAUGACUUACAGGAGCUAUGCCUCUGCUGGAAUACCUGCAGCUACUAGUUUUUUCUAUGCAGUCUAUCUCUAUGAAGCAGAUUAAAGCAGAAGUAUCCAUAAUGA